ACUGGAAGAAGUCAUCCACUCAGCAGCAGAGGGAGCAGCUGCUCCUCCAGGAGCUGGUGUCUCUGGUCAACCAGAGAGAUGAGAUCAUCAGAGACAUCGACGCCAAAGAAAGAGGGGCUCUGGAGGAAGACGAGCGAUUGGAGCGAGGACUAGAGAUGAGAAGACGAAAAUUCAGCAAUAAGGACAAAUGUGUGCUGCAGUGAAAAGGACAAACACAACUAAAACAAUCCUCCAUCUGAGACAAAAAAAAGAAAAGAAAAAAUGUUCCUGUCAGGACACUGGGCGUUCACGUUUUAGUGCCUUUUCUCUUAGAUUUUCUUUUGUUCUGAGACUGUAAAAUUUGUGUUCUUCCAAAGUUACGUAUAUGUCAGAGUUUUAUUAUUUCAGUUCUAGUAUUAAUAUUUAUUUAUUGAAAUGAUGUGUGUUUUUUUGAGACAUUUAUUGCACUUGUGUUGUUUUGUUGCAUGUUUUAGUGUAGUUUCUUUUAUUCAGUACUGGAUUCGUGUUCUGUCCUUCUGGUUGAUGCUGUUCCAGUUUCUCGUGCACUUAAAAAAAAGCUUUUCGAUACAGGGCAACGGGUUUUUUUUUUUUUUUCAGAAAUAGUUCUCAGUUGCUCAUUAUCAAAGCACAUAAAGGAGACGUGUUUUAUUCCAGGUGAUAAGCCUUUCCCCUCAGUUUCAACCUAAAAUGUAAAUUAGUUAAGAUUUCACGACUCCAUAUUUGCUCGAGCUGGACUCAAUCCCACAAUGUUUUCAACUUCAGAAUGAAAGUCCUGUAAAAAAUAAAAUAAAAUAAAAUUAUAUAUAUAACAUUUUACAACUUGUUUGGAAAGAUCAUCACACUCUUUUGAGUGAAAUGGAUGAAACAUAGAAGUGUUCCUGUGUUUGUGUUUGACUACUAUGUGCAUGCUUUCUGAGGUGUGCUGAUAAAUCGGUACCCAUCACACUAUGUCACUGUCUUUGUUUAGGAUUGCAGAUGCAGAUGAUGAUGAUGAUGAUAUAUGAAGGAGAUAAAAAAAAACUUUGGUUCACUUCUUAAAUGUUUUAAGAUGUGGGUGUAAUUUGUUUGUUUUAUGGAGGUGCCCCGUGAUGUUUUUGUUUUGUUUAGUUUUACACCAUAGCUGUUGUGAAUCACUGCGUCCUAAAUKAUCAGUUGUGAAAUAUCUGCAUUAUAGUUUACCAAUUAAAGGGGCAAUAUCAUGUAAA